AUGAGGUCCGUCGCCCUCGCUUGCCUCGCCCCGCUGGCGGCAGCUACGAAGAACAUCGUGGGGUUGUCGUACGCCGACGCCAUCCCAAAGGAGAACCUGGCCCAGGACUGUGAAUACCCUGCAUAUUUCACGAUUCAGAGCUUCACAACGUUCACGCCGAGUGCGUCAAACAACACAGAAGUCAACUUUGGCUGUGCCGCUGCAAGAUACGCAUGUGACAACUCUUCGAUCAACUUCAUCUGGCAGAACAACAAAUUGACCAUGAUUGAGUUGGCUUGCCCCACCAGCUCGGUGCAAUACGAUACUUCAGGCUCAUGGAUCCCCACGUUGACGUGUACAGAUGUCACCGAUGAAUCGGGUGUGAAGUGUGCGUCGAACCAAACGACCUACCAGGGACAGUUCACGAGCAUCGAGCCUUUGAAGCCGGGAGGAGGUGGUGGACCAGGGCCUACCCGUCUGAUCCGGCGUGCUUGA